AUGAAGAAAGAUUUAGCUCAGAACUUAUUAUUCUCUCUUGAAAAAUUUGAUGAUUGGAAAAUACGUAUGCAGGUACAUUUAUCAGCUCUCCACGAUGAAAUGUGGGAUGUUAUCUCAGAUGGUCCUAUUUUAAUUAUGAAGGUCAAUCCUUCAUCAAUCCUAAGCCCAGAUAGACCACAGUAUGUUUCAAAGCCAAAGAUGGAAUGGACUUCUAACGAUAGAUUGCGAAGUAACCUGGACAAUAUAGCUAAGGAUAUACUGUUCAAAGCUGUGGAUGAUACAAUCUUCCCAAAAAUCCGUAAGUGCAAAACAACUAAAGACUUGUGGGAUGUCUUAAUCCAAAUCAGCGAAGGAGACGAACAGGAAAAAGACAACAAACUCACAAUUGCAAUGAAAAAGUUUGAAGACUUCCAGAUGCUACCAAGUGAAAAGAUUGUUGACAUGGAGGCUAGAUUGGUCAAAGUUUUGGAAGAGAUUACUGAUCUUGGAAAGACCAUCAAUCAAAAAGAAAUCUCUCUCAAAAUACUCCGCGGACUACUGUCAAGUUGGGAUACGAAAGUGACAGCCAUGCGAGACCAUAUGGAUCUAAAAGUUGUUUCAACUGACAAACCUUUUAGUGAUCUCAAAGCGUACGAGUUCGAGAUGAAAUCAAAACUUGAGGAGGAACGUGAAGAAAGAACCACAACCUUAGUAGCCGAACAACCAUCAAACUCAAGGAAAUUCAAAAAAUUCAUGCGGAAGAACAACUUCAACAAUUCAUCUCAAAGAUAUCAAAGAAGUUCAUCUAGAAGGCCAAGAAGAGAAGUUUCUGAUGAUAACACAAACUUGUGCUACAAUUGUAGAAAACCAGGACAUUUCAUGGCAGAAUGUCCAUACCCCAAGGAAAUAUCUGAAUCAAAGGAUAGAAGAUUCAAGAAGGAUAAAAGGAAAGCUUUAAUAAAUGACCCUCUUGAGACAAGUGGGUCUGAGGAAUUUUCAAGUGAUGAAAGUGAUAGCUCAACGGAGGAUACUGCACUGCUGUGUCUUCUAAGCAUAACCAGUGAAUCAGAUUUCCAGGAAAAAUGCCUAAUGGCGCAUGAAGUAGAAGAAGACGAGGUAACAUCUAAAUCCUUUGAUUAUGCAAAUUCAUCUUUUUCUAGAGAAUCUAUAUUUCAAUUAAUGAAAGAUUGUCAAACUGUUAUGGACACUCAUUCUCAACUCAAAGAGCGCAAAGAUUCUCUGAUUCUUGAAAAAGAUAAAAUAAAUGAGAAAUUGCAAAAUGCUUUACUUGAGAUGAGAAACUUGAAAGCUGAAAAUAUUCGGCUUCAAGAAGAGUGUAAAGCUAGAGAAAUUAGAGAACAUAAUCUUAGGGAAACAAUAGCAUCAUUUACACAUUCAUCCAAAAUAAUGGAUAAAAUGGUAAAUAUGCAAAAACCCUCAGGAGAUAAGCCGGACUGGGCUAUGAUCCUACAUGUUCUAAAAUUUUUGAAAAUUUGA